CCAGAUCUGCUCUCCUUUCUCUUUCUUCUCUAGAAUCUUUCAGUCUUUGCUUUCGUCUUCCCCAGAUCUAACCUUUUUGUGCUCGGCAGCCCUUGGGCUUGCCGGAUUUUUUAUGCUUGAGCUGCCGAGAUCUCCAGUUGCUCAAGCAUGAUGGGGCCGAUUUCGUGCUCCCAAUCCGGUGGCUACCAGCCAUUACAUAGAUCUCCAAAGGUGGUCGUCGGAUUCACAGAUCUGGUGGCCAUGGAGCCUCUCACGGGAGAUGGUCACCGCCUGAUGGGAUCUCCCCGGCCUGGUGUCCUUGUUUCAAGAAUCGCUGUGGUUUUGCUACGAUGAAUUCGUCAUGAGCGGUGAAUUUGAAGAUCGACUCCGAGACGAACCUUCCUUCUUCGACAGCUUCCACUUCUCGUCGAAAUAGAAGUUCGGCUGUGCGGUCGCAGUUGUAGCCAGCACGGUAGCCAUGGAAUUGAUUCUCAAGGAAAAAAACGGAAAACAGACUUGAAGCAAAGAGAGAAAAACCUGAACAGAACAGAACAGAACAAAGGGGUAUUGAGUUG